UCAGGGCAGCCAUCAAAGUGUUCACUAUUGUGUACGGCUGAGGAAGGAAGAAAAAAAAAAGAGGGAGCUGAGGGGAGGAAAGAAAACCUGUAUCUUUGUGUGAGAAGGACUCAGCAGGAAAGUGUUUUUGUGAAUUAUUAUUUUUUUUCUCUUUUCAGAGGUUGUUGCCACAGCCGGGCUUUUCUCCCAGAGCUACAGGAAGAUCUUGUCCGCUUUUAUAUUUACCAUAACUGCCUUACACUCGACUGACACACAAGUGUGCUCCUCCAGCCGGCAAAACAGCGACACCCGGGCUUCUCCUGAUGAUGAGAGCCAACGUCAGACUGGUUUCCAUGAAUAUUGAUGUGGAGCAUAGACUGUUUCAUAGAACAGAAGGAGGCAAGAUGGCUGCCCUUUAGGAUUUGUUAAAGAGGCGAUCCAGACAAUUUGCUGGAAUUUCUACAAAGUGGAGGGACAUAAACAGAAGGUGGGACAAAGGGCAGCCUGACGUAUGGGCUCUGAGCAGGACAGAUGGAAACAGAAGAGGCCAAGCAUGAGGCGGAAGAAAGUUUAAUGUUGGGACAGUUUGGAGCAUCUCACCAUCAUUCUCACAAAUUCCAGAAUGGAGCUCGGUGUUCACAGGAGGAUUCUGUGCAGAUCAGCGACAGUGAAAGCUGGAUUACUGGUGUGGUGCAUUAUGAACCCAGCAAAGCUGCUGGCUCCAUGAAGAGGUACAGAGAGAACUGCAACAUUCCCACUUCAGAACAAGCAUUGUUCCAACCGGGAUUCUUCAAGAUGAACGGAGACUUAAUGAACGGAGAGUUGAAGCAUGGAUUCGCAGAGCAGUCCUUAGCGGUCCACCAAAGUAAGAAAAUAAAAGUAGAUGGUGAAAUGAAAGAAAACGGUGACUCAAGCCGUAGUUUUGUGAAAAACUUCUCUGAGUUGACAAAGAAAACUGAAAUGGAACAGUCUUCUGUUCAGACUGAUAUUAAUUUUGAUAUAAGAAACUGUCACAUACCUAACAGGGAUAUUUUCAGCCGACCACGAAAUAAGUCUGUUCCAAACGGUGCUGUAUCAUCUUCCUCAACCAUAGAAAGUACUCCCGGUGAUCUGUUGGAAAAAACCUUGUCUCAGUAUUAUCCUGAGCAAGUCUCCAUUGCACCACAAGCAUCUGGAUCACAGCUGGAUACUGUCAAUGUCUCACUCGCCACACGCUCAGUUGGUGAAGGUGCUCAACCCCCUGCUGUAACCUCAGGGCUGCCGGAGUCGCAGCAGCAGCCGCCUGCAGCAUCCGCAGAAGGCGUCAACAGCUACAACUCUGUCAACUAUUUAGUGAAUGGAUAUUCUAGUAACUUUGGAGUAAAUCAACAGCAACAGCCUUCAUCUUGCUCUGGUCAAGAGAUAGUUCUGGGGGCACAACAGCAUCCCAGUGGGGCACAAUGUUUUCCAGACAACACAAACCCUCAAGGUACAUAUACAAAAACCCAGCAGGAAUACAAUCCAAGGUCUUUUCUGAACCACAAUAAUCCCUCGCAGGCUGCAGAGGCGGGUGGAUAUGGAUCUCUUCUUAAUUCCGGUGCAAAUGAGAACAGCCAAAAUGACAAUGGAGCUGGUCUGUAUCAUGACACCAACAUGGGAAUCCAGUACGGGACUCAAGCUCAGAAUUUCCAGGAUAACUCUGGACGACAACAUCAACCCGAUGGUCAAAUAGGAAACAGCCUCCAGCAGCAAAAUCACUCUGUGUCAGUAAACGGUGUGGAGGAUGCACAUCAACAAAGAGUCAACAUUUCAUGUUCCACUCCCAGCCAAACUAAUUGGAUAGAAAGGAAUCUGUCACAUUCCCAGCAGCAGCCAACCCAGUGCACAGCAUCCCAGGCAAAAGAGCAAGACAUGUGGAGAGCUAAGCCUCAGUCAGAACAGCAGACCACCAGCCCCCAAGUUCAAAACCAGAUACUAGAGCCAAACCAAGCGCAAAGGUUCAGGGAAACGCAGACACAAGGACUUUUCACAGACGCCGGCCGAGGGUCUAACGGCUCGCUUCAAAAACAGCCGGACUGUCUACCUGCUCACAUGCAGUCUGCUCCAGUUCAGCACAACACUGCCCCUGAGUGGCUGCAGUCCAACUCUAAAGCACCCCAGAUGCAGCAACAUUUACUCCAGAAAAUGCCUGAGACAAAAAACUUCCCUCAGAAUCAGCAAUCUAACUGCUACCUCUCCCCAAUGCAAUCAGAGCACUUACACAAGGACAAAGACUUGCAGGAGAUAUUGUCAGUAGAGUUUUUAACAACACAACAGCAGCACUGUCACCUUCAACGCCCGCUGUCCCACCCACCGCAGUUUGAAGCCCAGCAGCUCAAAUCUCCCACCUACAGACCUCGCAGCCAGCCUCCACCAGGCCAACACCAGCCUCAACCAGACCAGCCUUUCAGUAACAACCAUCAACACACUGACCAAUCAGCAUUCACCUACAAUAACACAGAGAUGCAACAGCCACAACAUCAAAGACAGUGUCUUGAAAACUCAGGCAGCCAAAACCUCAAACAGUUUCAACCACAGCAGCCUAAGAACCACUGCCAUGAGCCCAACCAGGUGGACUUAGCCCAGACUUCUUCACAGUCACAACCUCACCUACCGCAGGGUCUGUUCAGCCAACAGUCAGGAACACGGAUGUAUCCCAAAGCCGAGGAGCAGGCGAGGGCUUCUUGCGCCCAGUUCCAAACAGGACCUCGACUACCUCUGGGACCAGCAAGUCCCCAUGCUGACUUUCAGAGGCAUGCGGCUCUUCGCAUGCGUCUUUUACAAAGGCAGGAACGUCACGGCCCUUCUCAACUCCCUCAAAGCCCAGUUGACUCCAAACAAAACCUCAGAGCUGUAAAAAUGGAAAACGGCCCCAGAUUCGAGCUGCCCACCUCACGGCAGCAGGAACAGCCGUUUAUGACCCGUGAUGCAGGGAUGGGUGGGAUCAAGAUCAAGACUGAAAAUCAACAGUCACUAUGUGUUCAGGACAGGAAGCCAGGGAACAUCAUUGCCUCUAUGGAACAAAGCUUGAGGCAGUACGAGCUCUCGAAUCUAUUCGAGAAGAAACCUCUCGUUGUUAAUUCAUCAAAUAAAGUCAAAGUGGAAUCCUCAGGCCCUGUCACCAUACUAUCAACCAACAUGGAUAUGAGUGGGGCAGACUCAGCGGCCACAGCAGCUUCUGUUUUGAAAAAUACCCUCGACUCCACUCCCAAGAAGGAACAGCUCCUUAAAAAUUUCAUAGAUUCCCCCAUGAAGUUGUUAGAUACCCCUGUAAAGAAUCUUCUGGAUACCCCCAUGAAAACUCAAUAUGAGAUCGCAUCGUGCCACUGUGUUGAUCAAAUCAUUGAGAAGGAUGAAGGUCCAUAUUACACUCAUUUGGGCUCAGCACCUACUGUCGCUGGCAUUCGAGAGCUGAUGGAGAAAAGGUCUGGCAUCACUGGGCGAGCCAUCAGGAUUGAGAAAGUAAUUUACACCGGCAAGGAGGGGAAAAGUACACAAGGAUGCCCCAUAGCCAAAUGGGUGAUUCGGCGAUCCAGUGUAGAGGAAAAGCUACUGGUUUUGGUGCGUGAACGUACCGGUCACAGAUGUGACACUGCCUGCAUCAUAAUUGUAAUUCUGGUCUGGGAAGGCAUCCAGCCCAGCUUGGCUGACCGCCUUUAUCUCGAGCUCAGUGAAACUCUAACAAAACACGGAGCUGAUACGCAGAGACGCUGCGCUUUCAAUGAGGAGAGGACCUGUGCAUGCCAGGGCUUUAAUCCUGAAGCCAAGGGCGCGUCUUUCUCUUUUGGCUGCUCUUGGAGCAUGUACUAUAACGGCUGCAAGUUUGCCCGAAGCAAAAUCCCGAGGAAGUUUAAGCUACUAGGAGAUGAUGUCAGAGAGGAAGAGAAACUUGAGAAAAGUUUUCAGAAUUUGGCAACAUUACUGGCUCCUUUGUAUAAAAUUAUGGCCCCUGAAGCCUAUGGAAACCAGGUAGAACAUGAGCACAGGGCCCCAGAUUGUCGCCUAGGGAUCAAGGAGGGACGGCCUUUUUCCGGAGUGACUGCAUGUUUGGAUUUUUGUGCCCAUGCUCAUAGAGACCUCCACAACAUGCAGGGAGGAAGCACUGUGGUGUGCACAUUAACGAGGGAGGAUAAUCGAGAAAUUGGAAAGAUACCAGAAGAUGAGCAGCUCCACGUCUUACCUCUUUACAAGGCUUCGAACACCGACGAGUUCGGCAGUGAGGAGGGCCAACAGGAAAAAAUAAAAUCAGGGGCCAUUCAAGUCCUCAGUGCCUUCCGUCGUCAGGUGCGCAUGCUUGCAGAGCCUGCCAAGUCUUGCCGGCAGAAGAAACUGGAUGCGAGAAAAGCGGCUGCCAACAAGAAUGCCAUGCUGGAAAGCUCAAAUGACAAGGCAGAAAAGGCCCUUUUGGCCAAGGCAAAGGCUGGCAAUUAUGAGAACACUGUCCAGAGCACUCCAUUUACAGGUGCUGUGGGAGCCCCCCUUCAGUCAGGUCACCCAUCAUACCCCCUCGGGGUCAUGCCGCAGCAAAUUCAGCAACCACAGCACCAGGGCAUGUACCCCCCUUAUCCUUCCUCACCAAACGCUGCUCUCCCAAGGUUCUCUAACAGUCCUGGCUCUUUUCCAGGCUCUCCAAAGCCAGGAAGCAUGUACACCGCUCAGCCAUCAACACCAGCCAGCCAUUUCCUCUCUUCACUUCCAAACUCAUACAUGAAUGGGCCAAAUCGUCCACAACCAGGUCACCAAUGUAACGGAGGAAUGGCAGUUGAAAGUUACCAUCAGUUCUAUGCACCAAACCAAAAUCAGCUGGACGUGUACCGCCAACAGCGGCCAGCGUUUUUCCCCGAGCAGCAGUAUGGCGUCCAACAACGCUUUGAGCUCAAUUAUCCAUCUAGGUACAGUCAACCAGGCUUCCAAGUCAAUGGUUACAGUGCCAUGCGUCCACCUCAGCCCAUGAGACACUAUGGUCCUUUUGGCAACAACAGAACCUCAGAUGCCCGGUUCAUUGACACCCUAACAGGAGCGCCCUCUGUUCAUGGUGGCAUGGAUUAUGCACUUGCUGUAAGUAAAGCCAAUCAGUUUGGAGAAUACCCAAGUUCAUACUUGCCUCAGAGUCCACACAUCCCAGGCCGUGAUUCCUUCCCUAUGCAACUUAAUACAGACGUGGCCAUGCCUAAUCCACAGAUGCUCCCAGCUCAAAUCAGCAGUGGCUGCUUAAACCCUGAAACACAGUCAGGGUUGGGUCUUCCCAAUGGUGGACAUAUAUCCUCCAAUAUUAAGUCGGAGCCUGGAGCGCCUCAGACACCCACGACCCCCAAAAAACCAGAAAUGUGGUCAGACAACGAGCACAACUUCUUGGAUCCUGAGAUCGGUGGUGUGGCUGUAGCUCCAAGUCAUGGCUCUGUACUCAUUGAGUGUGCAAAACGAGAGCUGCAUGCCACAACGCCCCUCAAAAACCCAGACCGCAACCACCCAACACGCAUUUCACUUGUCUUCUACCAGCACAAGAAUCUGAAUGAGGCAAAGCACGGGCUGGCCAUGUGGGAAGCUAAGAUGGCAGAAAAGGCUCGCGAGAAGGAAGAAGAGGCCGAGAGGAAUGGCGGGGAAGGGACUCCGAGCAAGAGCAGCAAGAAGGGGGGGAAGCGGGAGCAUUCGGAGUCUUCAGAGGCUACCGGAGAACCGCCAUACAAGCGUUUUAUAAGGGCACUAAUGGAAGGAUCGUCAUCAUCGUUCACAACUAAUACUCACGUCAUGACAACUCCAUAUGCAUUCACCAAGGUCACAGGGCCUUACAGUCAGUUUGUGUAGAAAACAGCCUCUAAGGAACUUGAAGGUGCUGCAACCCAAACCACAUGCAUCAAAUCGCUAUCGGCAACCUUCCGAUGGAAAAACAAAUGUGCUAUGUUUCUCAACUCACACAGCCGAGCUUUACUAGUUGAUCCUACUGAGGUAACUAUUGCAAUACCAGAAAAACAGUGGUGCUUUCAGUCUAACACACAAGGAACUUUUUCAGCUGAAAACAAAGUUUCUUUUAAUGGUGGCUUUAUUUUUCUUACAAAAUUUCUAAUAUUUGCAUAAAACACUGACUUUCAAAAGUCUAAGACUCACGGUGCUGAAAAGUAUGCUUAUCACCACUUUCAAAUGCCUUCACACUAAAACCAGACUACACUCUACAAGAGACUCACAGUUCAUCUACUGGUCACUGUCUAAAAUCAACCGACAGUGAAAUCUUGAGCAUCUCCAUCAUUUUUAAGAAGUCAGUGUUUCUUAAGAGCACUUUUUUUUUCUUUAAUUUUUGAGUUUAAUGUUUCAGACAUUAAAUGAAAAAUUACAAUCUCAUCAUGCUGUAUAGCAAAUAUGUACAGGUGCAUCUCAGUAAAUUAGAAUACCUUCAAAAAUGUAAUUUAUUUUAGUAAUUCAGAGCAAAGCAGUUAAACCCACUUAAUAGGCCCAUUACAGAGUGAUGUAUCUGAAGUGUUUAUUUCUGUUGCUUUCAGUGAUUAUGGCUUACUGCAAAUGAAAACUAAUUUAUUAGCUUCUUAGCUUUUCUUCAUAAAAAAACAAUCAAGAAAUUUUUUUCAUAUUGAAAUCUGGGUCUGUAUUAAAGUAUGUCUUUGUUGACGGUUUUUGCAUAAAUUUCUGCAUCAGCACAGUGUUGCAUUAUGCUGACUUGAUAAACCAACAGAUGACUUGGGUCCUCAAAUCAUAACUGAAUGGAACUUUUUUCCUUCCUCUCAACUUUACAUCAAUUAAUAUUGGAGCAGCUAUAUAAGUAAUUGUAACAAGUAUCAUAAUAAAAGAUCUAAUGAUCAUUUUAAGCUCUUACUAUUGAUUGUAGCAAACCUUAAAAUCUAACAGCGUGUUUGCGAUUGUUAUUUUGCUCUUUCCUCUUACUUUUGGUUUCAUUUUGAAUAAAUGUAAUUAUUGUGUUGUGCUUCUCGGUGCUACAGCUGCACUAUUUAAUGUAUCCAUGUAAUGAAGUGGUAUGUAAAAGUUUUAUCUUGAGAUAUAUAUUUGUGCUUGUGAGGCUUUUCUUAUGCACUCUUAUAGACAUAUAGUCUUUUAAAACAUUUUUAAUACUUUUUGGGAACAUCAGCGAUAUGUUUUAUUAUUAUUUUUAUUGCUAUUGGAGCAGUUCCAACAAAAUAAGAGAAGAAAAAAAAAAUAUUAGGUCAAAUAACUCAUUGCUAUUUGAUACCAAGUCAGCAGUACACACCAUGAUUGUGCAAGCCAUUUUAUAUACAUAUCUGUUUUAAAAUCCUUUCUUUGUUGGCCUUAUGUAGAAGAAGAUAAAUUUUAUUUCGUUUCUCUAUUUGCUGGCAGCCAUAGCAACCUGAAGUAACAGAAAACUGUGAUAUAUGUCAGACUGUCGAAAUGAAUUGAUGAGUCUCAUGUUUUGAAUUGAUACAAUUCAAGUUCCCAAGUAAUAUUGUAAUUUAUGGAGAUGCAUCUUUUGUACUUAGUUCAAGUACCUGGAAAGAAAAUGAACGUGUCAUCUUAUUGGUGCUUUUAUCACUAUCUGGUGUUAUACUGUAAAAUUGAGCCAUUCAUGUGGUGCAUUCUAAACAUUUUGGGGACAAAAGUAUAAAUAUUUUCUCUUUAGUUUUUAGCAGGUUUACUUUGCUGUUCUUUGUGACUGUUUUUAUAGCUCCUUACUGUAGAUUCUCCAAAUAUCCUGGCUUGUGAAUAUUACAUGUAGUUUUAUGUCUGUGGUGCUCAGUAAAUGUGCUUUUAUACACUGAGGAACACAAAACAGGGUAAGCUCAGUGUCAGAGGGCAGCUGACUUGCUGUUGUGAUUGAAUUAAGUCAGACAGGUUAUAUUUGUACAGUAAGUUAAUUUCCCCAUAUUGGACUUUUGGGAUUUAUGUUGUAAAUUAUGCCGGGUGUCAUUGUGUUUCUUUAGGUUUCAACUGAUUAAUUUCAACAAGGUGCUACUCAGCCUAGUAGAAAUGUACAAUGUGAAACUUUUGACGAGAUGAAAAGGCUUAUAAAUAAUGUACAGCAUAAACCUGUCGUAUACCUCAAAACUAGCUCGGCAAUAGGAUUAUUACAUAUCGGUCAUUGUCUGUGUGCUACUUUCACAAUAUUAGGCCACCAAAAGGCGAAAAGGAAGCUCUUGUUUUUACUUUCAGUGUGCUUUGAAAAUAUUAGUUGAAGUUUUAACAUUACUGUAAAAUCAGGGACAUUUUUAACUAAUUAUGUGUGCAUCUUUCGCAAAUCUGUGUUCAAACUUUUUUUUUUUUCCUUUAAACAGUCGGGGACUCGUUCUGAAUCCUGACUGUGUUCUUGUUUAAUAGAUUACACAUAAGUUCAAAUAAAAAAACAGAUGCUAUCCUGCAAAAUUUCUAUUUUAGCUAGUGAGAGGGUAUUUUCUUCAAAAUUAAUCAACAUAUAUGCACUCAGUUGUCAAAAGGGAAAGAUAAUGACUAAGUUAAAGCAAUCUGUUUGCCUUUGCCACGCAAGACCACAGCAGUGAUUGAUGCGACUGCACGUUUUGCGCCUGCAUGUUAGUAAAUUUAAUUUAUAACCACUGAGCAACUUAAUUAUUUCUUCCACUUAAUUAUGGCAAUUUAACUGAAUAUCAGUCGUACUUUAAUGAAAACUCUCCCCAGUUCUUUCACGUAUUGAUUUCUUUGAAAGCACUUCAUUUAUUUUUUAUUAAAAGAAGUAUGUAGUAAAAAAAAAAGUAAUGUUUUAUUUAAACAAAUUGUACAUGUGUUUAAAAAAAAGAAAUAAAUUAUGUUACAUUGUACAUAGCAAGAAUUUGUAUUGCAGGAGUACAACUCACUGACAUUCAUGUUAGGCUCUUUUUAUUCUGUCAAAUAGACCCUUGGCUCCACAUAUAUGACCUUUAGAAUAAAUUUAAAAAAAAUUUAAUAACCGGAGCUUUUCAAGGUGAAUGAAAUGAAAUGAAAUAAUGGAUUAUCCAGGAAGUUUUAUUUUUUAUUUUUUUGUAAAUACUACACUCACUUUCACAGCAAUGUUUACAGUUAUAGAAGCUAGCUCAGUUCUUUAGAGGCUCUGGUUUAUAAUCGUUUUGUAAAACGAAUCCUUCAUAAUAUUAAAGAAAAAAAAAAAAAGGUUGGAUUAUCAUUGUACAGGACCCAGCUACAGUAGCAGGUUGUCGAGAAAGCCGAGGCACCAGAAGCGGGUUUUAAAGCAUAGCCAUACUUGAAGAUGCUUCAGAGUGUUUCUGAGUGAGUCAACUUUACUUGAAUGACUUUCCUGACUUAACCUGUACAUUUUAUGUGCUGAACUGAGCGAGGUUAAGCCAGCACUUUGUACACACUUGGUCUUUUUGCAGUUAGACACUAAAAAAAAAAAAAAAAAAAAAUGU